AUGACUCGGCGAUUGCUCGCUGGACACCAGCGACGAGCCGCCCAGCGACGGAAGCCUCAGCACGACGCCAGCGACGAACGCCAGCGACGGAGCCGCCGCGACGGAGCGCCAGCGACGGAGCCCACGCGACGGAAGCCGCCAGCGACGAGCCGCCAGCGACGGAAGCCAGCGACCGGGCGCCAGCGACGGAGCCGCCAGCGACGGAGCCGCCAGCGACGGAGCGCCAGCGACGGAGCGCCAGCGGACGGCAGCCGCAGCGACGAGCCGCCAGCCACGAGCCGCCACGACGGAGCCGUCCAGCUACGGCAGACGCCAGCGACGGAAGCGCCAGCGACGGAGCCGCCAUGCGACGAGCGCAGCCGACGGAAGCCGCCAGCGGACGGAGCCGCAGCGACGGAGCCGCCAGCGACGCCGAGCGCCAUUCACGGAGCCGCCAGCGACGGAGCCCGCCAGCACGCGAGCCGCACGACCAGGAGCCAGCGACGCGAGCCGCAGCGACGAGCCGCCAGCACGCGAACCCGCCAGACGACCGGAGCCGCCAGCGACGGUAAGCGCCAGCGACGGUAG